AUGCCAAGGUUGGCCUUUAUGACCCUUAGCAAACCUAUAACUAUUAGCUUUACUCCCACAAUGCAUUUAGUUUCAACAGUUGUUUUUGAAGAUAAUGCAUUAUCAGCUCUGACCACCUUUUUCCUCUAUAACAUCUUUCUCAACAUAUUCUCGUCCUUGUUAAAAAGGUUGACCUGCGCUCUUUUUAGUACAAUAAACUGCAUUCCUACUUUUAAAUAUCUUAAAUUUAAGUUUUUUUAUGACCUUUGUCAUAACAUUCGUUUUAUUUAA